AUGGCAUUCAAUCGAUUUAAUGCAACUUUUUUGAAUUAUUCAAAAUUUUGGAGUCCAAAACAUGCAAAAAUUUAUCUAAUUUUCAUAUUUAUCAUAACUACAAUUUCAUGUUUUCCAUUAUUUUUCGAAGAAAAAACAAUCGUAAAAUCAGAAGAUCAACAAGCAAUUCUUAUAGAUAAAUCUGGUUUAGCAAUUCAACGAAUCAUAAUUUGUGGCUACACUGUAGUCACUGAAACAAUAUCAGUUAUCCUAACUAUUCUAACACUUUUCAGAUAUCAGAAGUUUAGAAAUACACAGGAAAAGAAAUUGAUAAUUGUGACAGCUAGUCAUACAUUUUUUGCAAUGUUAUUUAUGAUUUAUGAAUUUUCAAUGGUUCUCAAGUUAUCCGGACCGAUUUGGACAUUUUUGGCCAUUUAUCGUACAAAUAUUGCAUAUUUGUGUCUUUCGUUGAAUUUUUGCACAAUUUUAAUCGCUGAUUCGAAACUUCGCAAGGAAUUUUUUGUUGGGAAGUUUUGGUGGAGAAAGUUGACGCCUAGAGUGUUUGUUGUGCCGACUGAUUCUUGA